ACUGUUUUUGUUAAGAAUUCAAAUAAGGUGAGUGCGAGUCCUUUUUUAGGUAUAUUUUGAAAAGGCGUGCCCUGAAACUCAGAGCGUGAAUCAUGGGUUGGUUGUUCAGUGGGGUUUUAUCACUGAAACACUGCUUUCCUUUAAACCCGAAGUGAAGGACGCACACUUCUGAGACAACAAUGGUCACUCACAUCAAGACAAACAUGGAGCAAAUAACACAUAAAGUUGUUUAUGAAAAUUUUCCGGAUGAUCUUUUUAAUGACUAUGAAAAUGUAACAGACGGACCUUCUGAUGGAGUACUGUACAUCUGCGACAAAGAAAAUAUCCCACUGCAUCUGUUUCACUCUGUGUUCCAACCUCUUGUAUAUGGUGUGGUCUUUUUCCUGGGCCUAACAGGAAAUGGCCUCCUCCUGACCAUUCUGCUAAAACGCCGGAGGAACCUGCGCGUCACAGAGAUCUAUCUGCUACAUCUGGCACUGGCUGACCUGCUCCUCCUCUUCACUUUACCAUUUGCAGUUACCGAAGGGGUAGUUGGGUGGCCUUUUGGAAACUUUUUGUGCAAGCUAUUGGGACUUAUUAAUCGCCUAAAUCUGGUGUGUGGGAGUCUGCUUUUGGCAUGCAUCAGUUUCGAUCGCUACCUCGCCAUUGUGCACGCCAUCCCCAGUCUCCAGACCCGUCGACCUAAGACCGUUCACCUCACCUGUGCACUGCUCUGGCUCCUAUGUCUAUUUGUGACCAUUCCCAAUAUGGUGUUCCUGUCUGUGGAGAAAGAGAACAACUCUACCAGGUUUUAUUGUUCUUACAGCAACCAUGGCAUCCAUGCAAACAACUGGAAGUUGACCAGCCGCUUCAUCACACACCUGAUGUGCUUCUUUCUGCCUCUGUUGAUCAUGGGGUACUGCUACACGUCUGUAAUCAUCACUCUUUGCCAAAGCCAGAGAAGUCUGGAGAAACAGGGAGCGAUUCGACUGGCCCUACUAGUUACACUGGUUUUCUGCCUGUGCUGGCUACCAUAUAACAUCACCAUUUUUAUGCAGACCCUGGUGAUCUUGGGUGCUGAGCAGAGCUGCCAUGCUCACAGCAAACUGGAACAGGCGAUAAUAGUAACAGAGAGCAUUGGCUUUUCCCACUGUUGUCUGAAUCCAAUCUUGUAUGCCUUCAUUGGGGUCCGUUUUCGAAGAGACCUCCUGCAGUUGCUCGCAAAGAUGAAGUGUCUGCGUGUAUGCCUGUCAGGUCUGCGCAUUAAACAUUUGAACAAGGUAUCGGUCUCAGAGGCUGUUUCUACCACAACAAGUAACCAAUAUAUCUAAUAGCAGCUGAGCAUUUCUGUACGUAUUUUUUUCUUCUUUAAAGCACCAACUAUCUGUGAUUUGCAGCUUUACCUGCACACUGAGCCAGUCGCUGCACAUGACUAUAUGCACAUAAUGUGAGCGCAUGAAAUAAUUAUUAAUUUGGACAAUCUGUUAGUCAAAGGUUGAAUUUCAUUAAUAAGCAAAUACCUAAAAUUCUAUAAUGCUUUGCCCUGUGUUUUGAAUGGAUUCUAUUAUAUACCAGAUAAAAAAUGGUUAUGUAACAAAUAUUUGGAAAUAAAAAGUGAUAUAAUUCUAUCAAUCUGAUUUAUUAAAUUUUUUUAGGGUUGGUUGACUUUUUUAUUCUAGGCUUGAUUCCGUUUAUGGGGUGCAGUCUAACAUGUUAAUGCUUAUUUAAAAAAUAAAUAAAUAAAUAAAUUAAAUUAAAAGCAUUAUUUUACACAUAAUUCACCUUUAAUCCACACCCCUCUAGCCCUUCUCCUAUACACAAAUCCGCCGUAAACUCUAUGAGCGCCGCCAUCUUGCCUGCCGCCAUUACUGCGUGCCUGCGAAAUGUGACGCUUGCCGGUGCCCUCUAAUGAGAUUUAAAUGAAUGCGGAUCCUGCUCAUUAAAGAAAAUGUCUGGUGAAAGGCAACAUUGGGUAGAUUAUUGACAACAAUGUAAUAAUGUAAAAAUAUGUAACGUAAUUAAGAAGUGUAUUAAUUGAUGUCAAUUAACAAUAAAACCAAACACUGUUAUUACUAGCUGUUUUGCUAAUAUGUUCACAUCUUCACAAUAUCAAAUAA